AGCCAUCGACGGCACCUACCUGACCUGGGACAACGAGCAUCUGCGGCAGAUCUUGGCGCACGACGCGCCACCGCCACCGCGCCAGUGCCACUCCGCCAACUACGACGCCCAGGGACAGCCGCUGUGGCGAGAGCACCUGCCCACGGCCUGCGCUAGGGUCAAUGCCCUGCGCUCUCACGGCUACACGAGGGAAGCACUCCGGCUGGCCACCUCGAUCGUACGCACCCUGAAACUCUCCCAGCUGCAGGCGCAGCGCCGCUGGGAGGAGGAGAAGAGCCGCGUGCUGGCGCGCUGCAGCUACUCGGGCGUCUCGCAGAGUCCGACGCACGCGUGCCAGGAGGGCUGGAUCGGACACCCGCUGGACCCGGUCGGCGCCCUGUUCGACACGCUGGCAGAAGCGUCCGUGCUGCCGGACGCGCUCGGCAAGUGCUGCUACUUCUCAGAGCCGGCCGGCUCCAGCGACGACGGCAGCAACGUGACGCCACCACGCUAUCACCACGUGCCGGUGCCGGGCUCGCGCGACCGCGCCGAGACUCUGCUGACGCUGGCGGCCGAGGUGGCGCUGCUGUCGCUCGGACAGCAGCGCAUCAUGCCCGUCGGCCUGUACGCCCAGGAGAAGGCCUGCAAGCAGGAGGAUCGGCUCAUCGCCAAGCUGACCGAGAUCGAGGCCGACGGCCUGCUUGUGGCGGUGCUGCGGUGCCAGACGCUGCUGCUGCUAGAGGGCGGGCCCACUUCAGGCCUCGGUCAGGGCAUACACCCGGAGUCGGUGCCGCUACACACGUUCGCCAAGUACCUGUUCACCACGCUGCUGCCGCACGACGUCGACCUCGCGCAGCGGGUCGGCCUGCGCGCCAUGCGCCUGCCGAUACUGGAGGAGAUCGAGGACCCCGACGACGCCACCGUCUCCAACCUGGUGCUGCGCCGCUACCCGCGCUGGUUCACGCUUGGCAGCAUCGAGAGCCAGCAGUGCGCGCUGGCCUCCACCAUGCUGUCGGCUGUCAAAGACGACAUGUACCGGCUGCGGCUGGUGCUGGAGGCGGCGCAACUCAACAUCCACGGCUCCACACACCUGUUCAAGCUGGCGCAGGACGCCUUCCGCUUCGCCACCUCUGUGGACGGCCCGCGGCCGGCCAUGCUGCUGUCGGCGGCGCUGGAACUCGGUCUGCAGGUGAUGCGCAUGACCCUGACCUCGAUGAACUGGAGGCGCCGUGAGAUGGUGCGCUGGCUAGUGACCUGCGCCACCGAGGUGGGCGUCGACGCGCUCAUCACCAUCAUGCACAACUGGUACACGCUGUUCACGGCCACGGAGGCCACGGGGCCCGUCGCCACCACCAUCAUGUCGCACACCACCAUGCUGCGGCUUAACCUGGACUUCAAGGCGCAGGAGGACCUGAGCAACGCGGCGCGUCAGCUGGCGCUGCAGUGCGCCACCAAGGACCCGCCCAACUGCGCCCUGCACGCCCUCACCCUGUGUGAGUCGGAGCCGAUCGCGUUCGAGACGGCCUACCAGAUCGUCAUCGACGCCGCGUCGCACAUCAUGACGUCAUCCCAGCUCUUCACCAGCCGAUACAUGGAGCACCGCGGCUACCCGCUGCGGGCGUACAAGCUGGCCAUGCUCGCCAUGAACACCAUCUAUCUGGUGUACAACCACGACACACACCCGGCCAUCAACGACAUCCACUGGGCGUGCGCCCUGAGUCACUCGCUGGGCAAGUCUGAGCUGUCAAGCAUGGUGCCGCUGCUGGUGAAGAACGUGCAGUGCGCCACCGUGCUCUCGGACGUGCUGCGCCGCUGCUCGAUGGCAGCGCCCGGUCUCUCGUCGCCGGACGCCAAGCGGCGGCCGGCCAAGCCGCUCGGCUACGAGCGGCCGCCGCUCAAGGCCCUGCUGGAGGCAGCCGUGGCCGCCUACGCCAACACGACCCACUCGCGGCUGACGCACAUCAGCCCGCGCCACUACGGCGACUUCAUCGAGUUCCUGAGCAAGGCGCGCGACACGUUCCUGCUGGCGCCGGACGGUCGGGAGCAGUUCGCCGCUCUGCUCGAGAACAUGCGCACGGCCUACAAGGGCAAGAAGAAGCUCAUGUGCCUGGUGCGCGAACGGUUCGGGUGAUGCUUCCGUUCGUUAGCUAGCUGCUGGUGAUAUAGUCAACGAUCUCAGACGCGCGCACGGCGGCGCGUGUGACGUCAUGACGACGUGGUGCCUUGGCGGCCGCGGGCGUAGCGUGGGUGGAUCCGGCUCUGGGGCGCACUGGGCAGGGUGACGCACCGGCCACUGGACCGCUCCCGGCUGAGGGGCGCACCGGCCGCUGGACCGCUCCCGGCUGAGGGUCGCACCAGGCUCUGGAACUCUCCAGGCCGAGGGGCGCACCAGCCGCUGGAACGCGUGAGCCGAGGGGCGCACCAGCCGCUGGAACGCGUGAGCCGAGGGGCGCACCGGCCGCUGGAGCGCGCGACGAGCGGCCGCCUUGCUCUGCCACGACCAAAGAUGUACAGGGCCGGCCGGCCGUCUCUUCCAGGGCCGCACGGGCCUGUUUGGGGCCG